GAAAGUUGUCCAGGCGACUCUCUUCUCGAUGGUCAUUGCGGUAUUAGUGAGUGCAACAGCGUCGGGGUAACUCGCAAGUUCAAAUCUGGAUAAAAUUCAGAUUAAAUUUUCCCGAUUAAAUAUCCCCAAACACUCCAAUAAUUAAAGUUCCCGCGGUCCCUUACAAUACUUAUAAUAGUAAUAUUAUCAACAAUAAGUUAAUGUUCUGUUAAUUUCGUUGGAAUUAUUUGAGCGCCUGAUUUUUUACUCAGCGAUAAACUGGAUCAGUCAUGAAGUUUAUUACCACAACUUUUCUACUUUUAGUCACUGGAUGUACAUGGCGAGAGACAUUAGGCACAUGUGUCCUGGAAUCAGAGUUUGGUUUUACUCUUAACUGUGCCUUCAAAAAAUCCGGUCUCUUCCGGGUGCGAAAUCUCGGGGGUGUCAAGGGAUACGUCGGCCUCGGCUUCAGUGUUGGAGAUGAACUCGGAUUUCGAGAGUCUCUUUCGAAUCUGGAGGCAAGUAAAAGGAGAAGUGUUCAUGCUGGACAGGCGAAUUUCAUCGGAAUAACAAAUGGGGGAUCUCCAAGUGCUGAUACUCGACAGAUAUCUCAAAAUUCCCGAGUGGUACCACCAUUCAAGCCCCUGCCCCCAGGUGCAAGUCGACCAAUGGCCCCUCAACCAGAACACCAGAGACUAGUUGUACAACACAACACGACGGCCUUGAAAACAAUUCCAGCCCCUUCACUAGCUCCAUUACAAGAUCCAGCUGUUCACCAUCAGCAAAUGCUAAUGCAGCAAAAAAUAUCGAUGCAACAGCAGAGAAUUCAACAGGAGAUUAAUAAUCGUCAGCAGCAGAGGCUCCAGCAGGAAGCACUUGCUCUUCAGAUACUCAAGGAGCAGAAGCAGCAGCAGGAAGCUGCCAACAAGCAGAAAUUGAUGCAGCAGCGGCAAUCGGUGAAUUUGCAAACGAAGAGGAUACAGAUGCCUCAGGGGAUGAUUUCAGUGGGCAAUUCUCCAGUGUACACACCAGCAAUCAACAUUGCCACGGGUAUCUCACCCUCCGAAGCUGCGGUCAUUGGAAAAAUCACAAAAAUGCAACCGAUACCUGGAAUUUUAAUUAGAGAUACCAAUUUACCUGCAUUCGUUACGAUGCCACCGUCAUCAGCUCAACUUACGAAUCGUUUGAGUAACAGUCAAACUUUGCUGGUGGAUUCUGUCAAUGAGGUUCCCAAAGAUGAUUUUAAUCAGCUUCCCUUGCCCACCGAGGAAAUGGCUGCAACCGUCAAUUUAAUGACACUCCAGUCGCUGAAUCCAGGAGCUUCUCCAGAAAAUUCUCAAUUGUUGAAACAGCAGAACGAAAAACGACAGACUUUUGAUCAACAGUCUUGGCCGGGGUUGGGACCGAUUCAGGAGAUGGGGACAUCUCUCAAGGCCCUGUCGGAGGCGAGUAAUAUCACCCUGGAGGCCCUGGAGGCAGCCAUUUUAUUGAGGCAGAAGCAAUUGAUGGAGAAGCAUCAGGGGCCGACAACAGCACCUACAACCACCACCACCUCCACCCAUUCUCCAGUCAAAACAAAUUAUAACAAUGCUGGGACGACAAAAGUGAUGAAUGCACCCCGGGAGUAUUACCCAAUGGGAUAUGACAAGAAUUUUGAUGAUCAUUUUGCAAGUCGUGUCGAUCUUCCGGACACGAGUUUUUAUUGUGGAGAUCAAAAGCAUUUCCCUGGUCUCUAUGCAGAUGAGGAUUUAGGCUGCAUGGUAUUCCAUGUCUGCGCUUUAAUCGACGAGGGCUUGAUAAUGAAGAGCUUUCUCUGUCCAGAGUCCACUCUGUUCGAUCAAACUAUUUUAAAAUGCAAUUGGUCAUUUUACGUCGACUGCAAAAAUUCUCGAAAUUUGUACGACAGCAAUAUUCCCAUUAGCAAAAGCUAUCAACUCAUGAAGGCACUCGCAUUCUUCUCGGCUUAUAAAAAUAAUGACAACUCAACAGCUCCAGCUGAUGACAGUGAAUCGUAAAUUUAUUUAACAAUUUUAGCUCUCACCAAAAUGUGUUUUGUCAGUCUUAAUUCAUGCUCAAGUAUCUAAGGGUUAAUAUAUUUACAUAAUGGGAGAUAUUUACAGGACAAAUCUAGUUUUUUUUUUAAUGAAUUAAUCGAUCGUUUAAUUAAUGAUUCCAUACGCAGGCACUUGCAUACGGAACGUUUGUAUAUAUUAUUCAUAAUUUAUUGCAAUUCAAUAUUCUGUACAGGGUUACUAUUACUCGGUGAUUUUUAUUAUUAUUCUAGAAUGAUCAAUCAUAUUUUUGCUAUGAAUCAUUGGAACCAGCAAUUGUGUACAUAUUUUAUAAGAUGUAAAGAAAAUUUUUUACUCUUUUCUCUUACGAUGGAGAAAUAUGGAAUAUUCACGUUUAAUGAUUGGUACUCAAUCAAAUAAAUAAAGAGAAUUCGAUGAAGGAUUUGGCGGUAAUUUAUUAGGGAAAUUUCUGAGGUGAUGGGGAAUAAUUCCACUGGGUUCUUCAUUGAUCAUUUUAAUGAUAUUCUCCAUUUCAUACAAAUUAAGUCGGAGAGAUAUUUAUAAUACAAACUUAAAAUAUAUACAUCAAUAUCUUGUGAAACGUUUCUUUUACAGCGUGUAUCCGGUUGAUUCCAUAAUUUAUCGAUCUUUUUUUAUAUUUAUUUCUUUCAUUCACCGUUAUUCAUCUUCAUUGUGCAUUGUGCAAUGCGUCUGGCAAGUUUGAACAUUCAUUCUUACUCUGUUCUUUUUAUUUUUUUAAACUCAUAUUUUUUGGACAGAAUUUCUAAUGAUUUAUUUCGUUGGAAUUGAAAAAUUCA